CUUGUUGAAUAAAGAAAGAAAAACUUGUCAUGCAACUACCGACUGAACCACAUAUGUACCUGCUCCGUAUCGCAGCACGGCGAGAUGAGAACGGAUGCAUCCAAAAGUGGCUUGUACCUUUUGCUUUUGAAAUAUUAAUUCAUUUUUGGUGAUGACAACUCUUACCGUUGGGACACACCUGCCAGCUAUUUCCAAACAAAGAGGUGGUGUGCAUAAAUUGUGCGGAUAUUUUUUUUUUUUUUGCCUGAAAACCGAACUAUCUCACGGUAUAAAAAUCAAAGUGAAUGUAACCGUGGAACAUUCGUUUGUUUGAUUUCAUUUAGUGACCACCUACCCGGGUAGAAAGCAUUGCACAGAAUGUUCAAAUAUCUCAUCUUUUUCGCCGCCAUCGGUCUCAGCGUGGCCGUCAUACCACGUCGUCCUUUUUAUGGCCAAAGUAGCGGUGGUCACAGCAGCAGCAGCAGUUCGCGUGCCUCUGGUGAUGAAAGGAACGCUGAGAUAAAGUCACUGCAUUCUGAAGUACGUGCCGAUGGUUUCGACUACGCGCUCGAGACCAGCAAUGGCAUUAAAUCUACAAGAUCAGGCGAUGCUAAUGGUAAUAUUCAAGGCGGUUUCCAAUGGAUUUCACCCGAUGGCCAACAGAUGCAAAUCUCAUAUGUUGCCGAUGAGAAUGGCUAUCAGCCGAAGGGUGAUCUUCUACCGACCCCACCACCAAUUCCAGAUGCUAUUCUCCGGGCACUCGAGUACAUACGCACUCAUCCACCGAAAGAGGAAUCAAAGCGUCCAUUAAGGCCUUCAGCACCUUCUUCCUACACACCACCCAAGAGAACCACUAUCCGACCAAGACCAAGAUAUUAGAUGAAGCUUGGAAGACGGAGAGGUAGAUCGUGCAAAUUCGGGGAAUAAAGCGGAAUUAUUUGAAUUUUACUGUGCGUGGGUACGAUUUUUUUUUAUCGAAAUAAAAAAUUAAAACUUUGUAA